GCCCAGGCUCCCAGCGCACCCGUGUGGCCGUCAGGCGUCAGAUGCACCACCUCCGUCGCCUCGUCCGCUCUCCCCUCCGCCACGUCCCUCCCCGCGCGGCAUUCUCCGGCAGGCCCUCCGUUUCCCACGGCAACGACGCGUAUGGUAGCUCCCACGCCGCCGCUUCAGACGCGAUCGUUUGCCUCGUCGUCGCAGGCGGCGGAGGCCUCGAGGCCGACCUCGACCGCCUCUUCUCAGCCGUCCUUUCCCACGGGCUCGUCUCCAGCGUCCUCCGAGCGCUCACGGACCGCGGCGUCCCCGCGGAGCGUUUCUUCGCGUGGGCCUCAUCCCUCGGCAGGGGCUUCUCCCCCGGCCCCCGCGCGUACAACCUGCUCGUCGAGAAUGCCGGGAGGCUGGACGACUACGGCGCGAUGUCGCGCGCCCUGGCGCUCAUGUCAGAGCGGAGGCUCUCCCUGACCGACCGGGCAUUCGCCUUCCUGGCGCCGUCGUCGGGUUCGUCACGGAGCGGCAGCGUGGAGGACGCGGCGAGAGCGGUCCUGCGUGCUCUCGAUGGUGUCGGCGGGCCCUGCCGCGCUUCCGGCGUGUUCUCGCUUGUCAAGGCGCUGGCGUCCAUCGGAGAGUUCGAUGCCGCUGUCUUGGUGAUCGAAGAGACGGCGAGGAAGGUGCGGUACUAUAACGUCCUCGUCGCUGCAAAGUGUAAAGCCGGCGACUUUGUCGGCGCCCGUGAGGUGUUCGAUGAAAUGAGGAGGUCGGGGUCUGACCCCGACGCCAACACCUGGAACUACCUCCUCGGCUGCCUGCUCAAGAAGGGGAGGCUCGCUGAGGCGUGCGGGCUCGUUGAGGCCAUGGAGAGGUUGAAGCGCAGUGAGAUCCCGAGCUCGCUCACGUACGAGAUCCUCACAUACCAUGCCUGCAAGGCAGGGAAGAUGGAUUCGGCAAUGCAGAUUCUUGAUCAGAUGUUCUCGGAAAACCUGACGCCGAGGAUCACCAUACACUCUGCAUUCAUCAAGGGGUACUUCUACGCUGGGAGAAUAGAAGAUGCCUGCAAGUAUGUCAGUGACAUGAGCACCAGGGACAGACAUUCUGUGAACCGGAACUACAGCCUGCUCGCUAAGCUGCUGUGGAAGUCGGGGAGGACCAUUGAUGCAGGCAGAGUCCUAUAUGAGCUGAUGGAGAAGGGCCUCAGACCUGACCAUUCUGCUUAUGUUAAAGUGGCCAAGGAUCUGCACAAGAUGGGCAAGGGUAAUCUGGCUUGUGAACUGAAGAUGAUGUUUCAAAGGUUCAGCGUCAAUAGCAGAUCAGAAACACAUCAUCAACCCAUAUCUGGUACUUAGUCUGUCUAUGAUAAUAAUCAAAAGAAUAAUUUAUGCUUCCCAAGGUUGGUAGGGGGGGAGCCUCUAGGGUGGCCUGUAAACGAGUGCAAGUUUUAUUUGUAGAGUAGUGAUUUGUCUGCCAAACAUAGUUCCACUCAUCUUCCUCCCUGGAUGAUUCCCUGUAAGGUUUCUAAUUGGUCUGAGGCUUGAGAGGAGAGGGGUAGGGUGAAGACUCUUUCAAAAAAACUGUAUUUCCAUGAAGUGGGCUACUUACUCAUUUGGCUUGACAGCAAAAGAAUACAGCUGGGGGGAAAGGCUUUUC